AUGGACAAGAUAUCAUUUACGAUAAACGGCGAACACUACUCUUUAUCGGGUUCGGAAGUGUCUGCAUCCACCACUCUCAAUGAUUACCUCAGGAACUACCUCGGCCUCGUGGGAACAAAGGCAAUGUGUCAUGAGGGUGGUUGCGGCGCCUGCAUCGUUACGGUUGCCAAAAAUGACCCAAUAACUAAUGAGAAGCAAAUAGUUGGAGUUAAUUCUUGUUUGGUUCAUAUUUUAUCCUGUCAUGAGUGGGAUAUAACAACCAUUGAGGGGGUUGGCAACCGAAAAGAUGGAUAUCACAACCUGCAAACAAGAUUAGCAAAAUUCAACGGCACCCAAUGCGGUUAUUGCACCCCAGGGGUGAUCAUGAAUAUGUAUAGUCUCCAAAAAGGAUCGGAUAAAGCGCUGACACCAAAGGAAAUAGAAAGAGCCUUUGCAGGUAACUUGUGCCGCUGUACUGGCUACCGUUCGAUACUUGAUGCUUUCAAAACCUUUUCCACUGCUGACUAUGAUGAUGGGUUACAGGAUUUAGAGGAAUUGCAUGAAAUAAGAUGUAAGAAGAAAAAUAGUAUUUGUGAAAACAAAGACGAUUGGUGCUUCCUUGAUAAGAGCGAUGAACUGAUGAAAAUCACAGUGGAUUCAAACAAGUGGUAUAAAGCCUUUUCGAUAGAAGACAUAUAUAAGGUACUCAACAAAGAAGGUACAGAUAGUUACCGAUUGGUUGGUGGUAAUACAGGAAAAGGUGUGUACCCCAUAAUUGAGGAACCAAGAGUCCAUAUCGACAUAUCGUCUGUAGAUACAUUUAAAGAAGUGAACAAAGAUAUCAAUCUUGUGCUUGGAGUAGGACUGUCAUUAUCUGAAUUGAAAAUUGUGUUGGAGAGAGAGAUGAAAAAUCCAGAAUUUACUUACUUAAGCAAAUUUCGCGAUCAUUUGGAGCUAGUAGCAAGUAUCCCAGUAAAAAAUAUCGGAACUAUUGGAGGGAAUUUAGCACUGAAGAAUGCUCAUCCUGAAUUUCAAUCGGACAUUUUUAUUAUGUUUGAAACCGUCGGUGCAACUGUAACAAUACUUGACAAAACUCUCAAGCAAACGGAGAUAAAUUUACAGAAGUUUUUGAAAUUGGAUUUGACAAACAGACUUAUACUUAACGUGAAACUACCUCCUUUGUCCCAACACAACUUAAUCAAAACUUAUAAGAUAAUGCCACGCGCCCAAAACGCUCAUGCAAUUGUUAAUGCCGGGUUUCAUUUUUUUAUGGGAUCAGACAAGAAGGUUACAAAAGCUACAGUAGUCUACGGUGGUAUUAGUUCUACUUUCACCCACGCUUCAAAUGUGGAAAGUAUGCUGAAGGGACUGGAACUUUUCAAGGAUGAAACUCUUAACAAAGCCUUAUAUAUAUUACAACAAGAGCUCGUACCUGAGGAUAUGCCACCAGAAGCUUCUCCUUUUAGUAGAAAAGCUAUAGCUUUAGGACUUUUUUACAAGGCGAUUCUUUCAUUGAGUCCGUCGGUGAAUCCACGGUUUGCAUCUGGCGGUAAUGAUCUUAUUAGACCCGUAUCCAGUGGCACUCAGACAUAUGACACAGACAAGACCGUGUGGCCUCUCAAUCAACCUAUACCAAAAUUAGAAGCAUUGACACAAUGUUCUGGUGAAGCAUUGUAUUCUUGUGAUAUUACAUCCCAACGCGAAGUUCACGUAGCUUUCGUUUUGUCGACUAUAUGUCUUGGAGAAAUUGUAGGAUUCGAUGCCAGUAAAGCCAUGCAAAUUCCUGGAGUUCUAGCAUUUUAUACGGCUAAGGAUAUUCCAGGCGUAAACAAUUGUGUCGGAUGUGAUUUUGAUGAUCUAGAUUUAAGAGAAGAAAUCAUAGCGAGUAAAAGGGUUAUUUAUUAUGGACAGCCAGUUGGUAUUAUAGCAGCAGUGACCAGAAAACUUGCUUUAAAAGCAGCCAGUCUAGUGAAGGUUUCAUAUAAAGAGGAUCCUGCUAAACCUGUUCUCAGCAUAGAAGAAGCGCUAAAUGCUCCUGAUAAAGACAGACGGAUUCGCCAAUAUGUAACAAUUAAAGCGAAAGAAAAAGGAACACAGAUAACUCAUACUGUGAGUGGUAAUUUUAAAGUCCCAGAUCAGUAUCACUUCACAAUGGAGACUCAAAGUUGUAGAGUCACUCACUCAAGACGAGGUCUUCGAGUACGAUCAGCGACCCAGUGGAUGGAUCUAGUGCAAUCAGCUGUAGCACAAAGUCUACAACUACCUCAAAAUAGAGUUGACGUAGAAGUGGAUCGUAUCGGCGGCGGGUACGGUGGCAAGGCUUCACGAUCGAGCAUGGUGGCGUGCGCGUGCGCACUUGUUGCUUACAAACUCAACAAGGACGCAUCCUUCGUACUCCCGAUAACUGACAACAUGGAAGCUGUAGGAAAACGACACGCUGCAUAUCUUAAUUAUGAGAUUGGUAUUAACGACGAUGGAGUAAUUCAAUACGCAAAUAUAAAUUUCUAUUCUGAUAGUGGUUGCUUGUUCAACGAAGCUCAAGCAAGGCCUAUAGCAAACGCUUUGGCAAACUUGUAUGAUACCUCUAGGUGGAACAUAUCAGGUUAUAGCGUUCUUACUGACAAGGCGAGUAAUACUUGGUGUAGGGCUCCUGGAACAACCGAAGCAAACGCGAUGUUAGAACACAUUAUGGAAAGAAUCGCCCACGCCAUUAAUAAGGACUCAAUCGAAGUUCGUAAAAUCAAUAUUGCAUUGGAACAUAAUACUCUCAUUGAUAUGAUUGACAAAUUCGUUACUGACGCUCAAUAUAUGGAACGUAAAGCAGACAUUGAGAAAUUUAAUACCGAUAAUGCUUGGAGGAAGAGGGCAAUGAAACUAUCUAUAAUGUCUUUUCCCUUAGAAUAUUACGGAAACUUCUCGGUAAUAAUAUCAGUUUUUCACGGAGAUGGAACAAUAUUGAUAUCUCAUGGUGGUAUAGAGAUGGGACAGGGAAUUAACACGAAGAUAGCUCAAGUGUGCGCCUAUAGUCUUAAAGUGCCAUUGAAAAUGAUUACAGUAAAGGGAGCUGAUAAUUUUAUAUCCCCAAAUAACAUGGCAAGCAGUGGAAGUAUUACUAGCGAGUGUGUUGCUUUCGCGACUACCAAAGCUUGCAAGGACUUAUUGACUCGAUUGGAACCCGUUAGAUUGGAGAUGAAAGAACCCACUUGGGAUGAAGUAAUCAAGGCUGCUUAUAGUAAAGGCAUACAACUACAAACGACCUCAUCCUACUCUUUGUUAGACGAUGUACAGGGUUAUCCAAUAUACGGAAUAGGUUCUUUGGAGGUUGAAUUAGACGUACUGACAGGAUUAUCUCUUAUUAGAAGAGUGGAUAUAUUGGAAGACACUGGCAGAAGUAUGAACCCUGACGUAGACGUAGGACAGAUUGAAGGGGCGUUUAUAAUGGGAUUGGGUAUGUGGACGUCAGAGAAUUUAAUUUAUGACAAACAAACUGGGAAACUAUUGACUAAUCGUACUUGGAAUUAUAAACCACCGGGUGCUUGUGAUAUUCCGAUCGACUUCAGAAUUACCUUUAAAAGAAACUCGUAUAAUAACAAUGGUGUUUUGAGAUCUAAAGCGACUGGAGAGCCAGCUCUUUUGUUAUCUGUCGUGGUCGCACUCGCAUUGCAUGAAGCCAUUUUGGAAACACGGAAGGAAUAUGGAUAUGUGGAUAUAGAUUGGGUACAUGUGGAUACACCGUAUACCGUGGAUAAUAUAAUGAGAGCUAUUUCUCCCAACAUAAACAGUUACAGAUUGAAAUGA